CAAAAUUGGACUAACAUAUUUUUUUAAAUUUCUCACAAAUAACCUGUUUUAGUAGGAUAAUGUCUCUAGUCACAUUUCGAGUUAAAGAAAAAACAAUAAUAUUUUACUUCGACUUAUUUUUCCCAAUACCAGUAAAAGGUAAUACAUUUUGUAGUUAUGCAAAAACAUCUGUCUGCUUUUCAAGGAAUACUAAAAAAUCCAGAAGUUUAAAAUAUGCUACAGUCGGCAGGCGAUGAAGGAGGCAGAGCAGCAGAUACAUACGCGAUGAGGAAGGAGCCGCAGGCCUCGGUCAUCAGAAACAAAAGCCCAUUAAGGUAUAGCACCUGGACCGAAGAUCACCUUGGUUGGGCCCUCGAGGAGUCAGGGGAAUUUGGACAGGCGUGGAGCCGAGCUGAGAGUCCCAUAAAUGUGUCGAUAUUAUUACGCGGAUCCCUGGCGAAUAAUAAUAAUGAGCCUUGUCAUCGGGCCAAGUGAUUCCCGGCUGAAUGGGGCUUAUUGGAAAUCCAUCAAAAUGUUAAAUCUUCCCUCUUCAGGGGAAUCAUUGGAUGGCAGUGCAUAGUUGGACUCAAAGUUGAAGGCCAUGUACACAUUUUUGGGCCCCAGAUCCAAAGGAAUAGCCACAGCAGCCAGCAACUAAAAAAAUCUCAUAGAUAGGUCAGUUCUUCGCCAAGAGAUUACCCUACCAUACUCACACCAAAGGAUCCCUGACGUGGAAACACCAGAAAACAGUAUACCAAACGCAAUCCCAAAACUAAGACCACACCCAAGGAAAACUCCCAGUAAAAGGCAACCAUCUUAACCCAAGCUCUGAGCAAACUAAAUGUACUUUGCAAAGAUUGCAGGUUGCACAAACGAUGGGCGUCAGAAUUGGCAGCUCCACUAAUAAAUGGGUGAGAAGUGGCUUACGGUACUGGUAAAGAAACCGGAAUAUGCAAGAUAUACACGGUUACCACUUGACCCCGUCUCCAUCCGAUCUCCGUUGUCUUUACCAAAAGGUGCUAAUUGCUAGAAUGUGUAACAUUCUCGGCCGAGAAAGUCUUCUUGGCUCGAUUGAUGGAGCCGUUUUUUAUUGAGAAAUCAAAAUUAAAAAUUCGUGAGCUUGAAAAAGAACACCCAGAACAUGGAUUAGUAUCUUAAGGCCAGAGCUGGCAUUAACACGCACUGAGAUUCGCUCGGGCGUAGAGGAAAAUAAUAACAGAGAAAUGAAAUUUAGUAUAGACAUCAUAUGGGCCAGUUGCCUGAUAUACCAGGUGACGGCCUCCCUGGGCAGUCUCUCCAAGCAUCAGAGGAGUAAGAGAGCUCCCAUUCCCUGGCUUAUAUACCCCACCACAUCGCCCACUCGUGUUAUGUUCAUUGGUGGUAUAGGUAUUCCGCUGGAGGAUCUUAACUACGAGGCUGUGACCACCGGAUAUGUCUUGAAGGUGGAGUACUGGCUGCCCACCACCCCGGAUGAUCUGAGAACUCCCACAGCUCUGCCCCUCACACAGGUGGCCACGCCAGGAGUCACAGGAGCCAGAAAGCAAAGGAAACCCAUGUUCGAGAACUUUCUGGUGGGAGUGGAUGAGCUGGGCAAGAACACCAGGAAGCUGCUGACCAGGACCAAUAAGGUGCUGAGUAGCUAUCGCUGGACAGUCUACAAGGGACUGGAGGGAUUGGCCGAUCGAUUGGGCUACCAGGGAAGGAUCUGUGUGCUGAAAAGCAUUUGCGAGGCGGCCGAGGAGCCCUUCCAUUACACUAAUGGGCUCUUUGCGGAUCUCUUGCACAUAUUACUCACACCCUCCUCGUCAGUGGACAAAUUGUCAGAGCACGCGGAUAACGAGUAUUAUUAUGCAGAAAAGGUGGGUCAAUCGGGAGCUGGCUGUGAUCGAGUCUUUAAGGAGUGUCGACUUAGUCUCCUCCAACACUUCAGUGAACUCCAUCACAACCUGGACAAGAUCUUAUUUUGA